AUGCACUGUACGCCAGUAGACGAUCUUCAAGAUCAGCUUCAACGCUUCUGGGAAAUGGAAAGUUUGCCAAACAAUCAACUGACUAAGCCAGACGACGAAUAUUGUGAAACGCAUUUUGUCAACACACAUAAACGCACUCCUCUAGGACAAUAUCUCGUUUGUCUUCCAAAGAAAACUGAACUUCCCGCCGCCGCAGCCGAGACUCGCAACCUAGCUUUACGCAGCUUGUACGCAACGGAACGCCGAUUUAAUCUAGACGACAAGCUAGCUAAAGAAUACCUCGAUUUCAUGGAAAAAUACAAAUCUGAUGGACACAUGGAACUCAUCCCAAAAGACGAAUUGAACAAUCCAAAAGCCUGGUACAUUCCACAUCAUGCAGUGAUUAAGCAAAUAAAUAACCUAGAUUGGAAACUUCGAGUGGUCUUUAAUGCAUCUCGUUUGACUUCGCUAAAGUUAUGCCUGAAUGAUUUUCUGCAUGCCGGACCUGCAUUACAAAAAGACAUUGGCCUUAUUCUUCUGAACUGGCGAAGUCCUGAGAGUCCAAUCGACGAAUAUAGACUCUGCACAGUCACAUACGGUACGGCAUGCGCUCCGUACCUUGCCAUCCGCACGCUCAAACAACUAGUAAUCGACGAAGGCGCUCUAUUCCCCCUUGGAGCCGAAUGCCUACAAGAAAAUACAUACGUAGACGACAUCUUCGACGGUGGCGAUGACGUCCUUCAAGCCGCAAAGAAACGAAACCAGGUGAUCAAUUUAUGUGCAAAGGGCAACCUCAAAUUGGAUAAAUGGGCAACGAAUCACCCUGAACUCCUCCCCUUUUCUUGUGAAUCACCGUCAUGUAAGACUAUCGACCAGCUUUCAAUUUUCAAGACGUUGGGGAUUCUUUGGAACUCGAAUGCUGACCACUUCGAGUUCAAGUUCGUUCAAGAAACGUUUAUUCCUGAAAAUAUCUCGAAAAGAACGAUUGCUUCUUGCAUCGCCAAAUUGUACGACCCCUUAGGUUGGCUGUCCCCAAUUACAGUUGCUGCCAAAAUCAUGCUCCAAGACAUUUGGAUUCUAAGAGUUGAUUGGGAUGCUGAACUCCCAACCAACAUACAGAAGCGCUGGACGCACUAUUACGAAUCUCUAACCACACUAUCAAACGUUAAGAUCCCACGCUGGCUGAGAACAUUCUCAAACUCUCAGUUCGAACUUCACGGCUUCUCCGACGCAUCCUCACGAGCCUAUGCUGCCGCAGUAUACUUGAGAGUCAUUAAGUACCAGGGAAUCGCCCAGGUUACUCUCCUCGCAGCUAAGUCCAAAGUCAGUCCAAUAAAAACUGUUUCUAUACCUAACCUAGAACUUUGCGGAGCUGUUCUCCUAACGAGAUUAUUACGGUACGUCAGAAGGUUGACUCACCUUAAGAACGCGACAGUAACAGCUUGGUGCGACAGUCAAGUAACACUUGCCUGGCUAAAUCAGCAUCCAUCAAGAUGGAAGACUUUCGUGGCUAACCGUGUUUCAUAUAUUCAAACCGAACUCCCUUCGGCAGUUUGGCGACACGUGUCUAGUCACGACAAUCCGGCAGAUCUAGCCACAAGAGGUAUUAGCCCAGAAACCCUCCAUGACAGCCGUCUCUGGUGGAACGGUCCACAGUGGCUGUCCCUACCACUCGACAAAUGGCCUUCUCAAUCCCAAGAGUCUGAAAUCGAGAGCACCGAGAUUCAAUCAUUCCUCGCAGUUCGACCAGAAGUCGACGACGAAAUACUUUCAAGAUUCUCCUCUCUAAAGAGACUGUUUCGAGUGGUAGCUUACUGUCUCCGAAUCUGCAGAAUUUUCAAAGGAAAUGGAUUGAAAGACUCGCCAGAGGAUACUUCUCUCUCAGUCGCAGAAUUGGCAUCAUCCAAAAGUAAGGUCCUAGUAAUAGCACAAACAAGAGCUUUUGCAGAGGAUAUAGCUACACUCAGAAGGGAAAAAUGCGUUCCCAAAAGUAGUGUUAUCCGAAAUCUCAAUCCUUUUCUCGACGAAGAGGGCGUGCUUCGCGUUGGAGGACGCUUAACUCACUCUUCCUUAGCUUUCUCAAAGAAACAUCCACCAAUCCUGCCAAAAGACUCACCUCUAGCCCCUCUUUAUGUAGACUUAGCGCAUAAAGUUUCAUGCCACGGAGGACCAAAGUUGACACUGAGCAUUCUUAGAAACUUAGUGUGGGUGAUUGGUGCAUCCUCACUGGUUCGCAAACUAGUUCGCAAGUGCGCGCUAUGUCACCGAGUAAAACCUCGCUUCCCGACACAAUUGAUGGGGGAUCUUCCACCCCCCAGAAUCGAGCCAGCCCGACCGUUCACAAACUCGGGCCUCGAUUACGCUGGGCCAUUUCACUUGCGGACCACCAAGGGACGAGGCUUUAAAUCCUACAAAGGUUACAUCGUCAUAUUUAUCUGUUUCGCAACGAAGGCGAUUCAUCUAGAAGCAGUAAGCGACAUGACGACCGCAUCCUUCAUGGCUGCCUUUCGCAGAUUUACAGGAAGAAGAGGUUUGUGUCGACAAAUCUUCAGCGACAACGGAACGACUUUCCAAGGAGCCGACAGAGAGCUGCGAUCCAUGUUUAAAAGAGGAUCUGCCUUUUAUUCCGAAACCGCAGCCACACUAGCAAAUGAUGGAACCGAAUGGCGUUUCAUCCCUCCAAAUUCACCUCACUUCGGCGGACUAUGGGAGGCCGGGGUGAAGUCAGCAAAACACCAUCUAACUAGAAUGAUGUUCUCUCGCAAAUUUACCUUUGAAGAAUUCAGCACUCUCCUAGUCGAGAUUGAGGCCUGCUUAAACUCCAGACCCCUGUGCGCCAUGUCUACGGAUCCAGAAGAACUCAACGCCUUAACGCCAGCGCACUUCCUCAUCGGAAGUACAUUGUCGAUGCUCACUGAUGAAGAACCACCGAAUAUACCAGAAAAUCGACUGAACCGUCAUCAACUCCUACAAAAAAUCAGAAACCAUUUUUGGAAAAAGUGGUCCAGCGAGUAUCUUCAAUCAUUACAAGCUCGAGGAAAAUGGCAGCAAACCUCGGAAAAUCUCUCAGUUGGACAAUUAGUGCUAAUCCGAGACGAUCGGUAUCCUCCAACCAAGUGGCCCCUAGGGAAGGUCAUCGAAGUUCAUCCAGGAUCGGAUGGAAGAGUCCGAGUGGCCACGGUCAAGACAAACCACGGCACAUAUCGUCGCUCUAUCGUACGACUUAGCCCAAUACCGUCUCCUAACUGA